UGAAUCAGGCACUGCUGCAGACAGCUACGCUUGACUAGAAGGGUCCUUUUCUCGCUGAGCUGGUUGGGAUUAGCAGCUAACAUGCCGACUGUCGGAGUUAAAAGAGACUUUCUCUUUAAUGCUUUGGGCAGAACAUACACUGAUGAAGAGUUUGACGAGUUGUGCUUUGAGUUUGGCCUGGAGCUGGAUGAAAUUACGUCAGAGAAGGAGAUAAUCAGCAGGGAGCAGGGCGACUCCAAGGCUUCGGGUGCCUCCGAUCUUAUUCUGUACAAGAUCGACGUACCCGCUAACCGCUAUGACCUGCUGUGUCUGGAGGGGCUCGUCCGUGGCCUGCAGGUCUUCAAGAACAAGCUGGAGGCCCCUCGAUACAGACGCGUGAGCCCGGACGGCGGGGAGCCUCAGAGGUUGAUCAUCACCAAAGAGACAGCAGCGGUGCGACCUCACGCCGUGGCCGCGGUGCUGAGGAACAUCACUUUCACUCAGGAGCGCUACGACAGCUUCAUCGAGCUGCAGGAGAAGCUGCAUCAGAACAUCUGCAGGAAGAGGAGCCUGGUGGCCAUCGGCACCCACGACCUGGACACCAUCUCCGGCCCGUUCACCUACACGGCCAAAGCUCCCGGAGACAUCUGCUUCAGACCGCUGAACCAGACCAAAGAGUACACAGCCACUCAGCUCAUGAGCCUCUACAAGACAGACAGUCACCUGAGGCAUUAUCUCCCUAUUAUUGAAGACAAGCUCGUGUAUCCAGUUAUCUACGACAGCAACGGCGUCGUCCUGUCCAUGCCUCCUAUAAUCAACGGGGACCAUUCAAAAAUCAGUUUACAGACGAAGAACGUCUUCAUCGAGUGCACGGCCACCGAUCUCACUAAGGCGAAGAUCGUGUUGGACAUGAUGGUGACCAUGUUCAGUGAGUACUGCGCACAGCCUUUCACGGUGGAGCAGGCUGAAGUGGUUUACCCGGAUGGAAAGACCUGCGUAUACCCCGAGCUGGCUUACAGGAAGGAGAAGCUGUCCGGCGAGUUCAUCAACAGAAAAGUUGGCAUUAGGGAGUCGACGGACAGAAUUGCUCAGCUCCUGACCCGGAUGUGCCUCCUCUCCCAGCCCACCGGUGUCGGCGACGAGAUCGAGGUGGAGAUCCCCCCCACCCGUCCAGACGUCAUCCACGCCUGUGACAUCAUGGAGGACGCCGCCAUCGCCUACGGUUUCAACAACAUCACCCGCACAACGCCACGGACCUACACUGUAGCCAACCAGUUUCCUCUCAACAAGCUGACAGAGCUGCUGAGACAAGACCUGGCAGCCGCUGGAUUCACCGAGGCGCUCAACUUUGCUUUGUGUUCUCAAGAAGACAUAGCAGACAAGCUUGGAAAAAAGAUCUCAGAGACUCGUGCUAUUCAUAUUUCCAACCCCAAGACUGCAGAGUUUCAGGUGGCGCGCACCACUGUACUGCCUGGCCUGCUGAAAACUGUAGCUGCCAACAGGAAGAUGCCCCUUCCCCUCAAACUGUUUGAGAUAUCUGAUGUGGUGCUGAAGGACGAGAGCAAAGACGUCGGGGCGAGGAACAGUCGGCGCUUCUGUGCCAUUUAUUACAACAAAACUCCGGGCUUCGAGGUGAUCCACGGCCUGCUGGACCGGACCAUGCAGCUGCUGGACGUGAAGCCGGCCCGUGGAGAGGGCUACCACAUCCAGGCUGCAGACGAUUCUACCUUCUUCCCGGGUCGCUGUGCUGAGAUCUUUGUCGGCAGGAAGAGCGUCGGACGCCUCGGAGUCCUCCACCCCGACGUCGUCAGCCGCUUCGAGCUGACCAUGCCCUGCUCUGCCCUGGAGAUGGACGUCGAGCCUUUCCUUGGCUUCACCGCUGAAGUCCUCCUCACACAUGACGUUCCCAUGCAGGAAACCUUUAAGCACCAGUUUCCAGCUCGCAGCCAAUCCCGGCCAGCCCUGCCGUCUCGCCCGCCCACCACCAAAACGGUGUUUGGUGACAUGAGCUCGCAGGCGGGCCUCGAAGCGCUCGACGGCUUCCUGGCCGACAGGAGCUACGUGGAGGGCUUCACGGCGUCCCAAGCUGACGCGGCGGUGUUCGACGCCAUCCCCUCUCCUCCCCCGCCGGCCUUCUGCCACCUCCGGCGCUGGUGGAGCCACAUCAAGUCCUUCCAGACGGAGAGAGCGCGUCUCCCGCCAGCCAAGAGUCAGUUCGUCCUCCCACCCGCUCCCCCCGCAAGCGACGCCGGCGAAGACGACGUGGACCUCUUCGGCUCCGACGACGAGGAGGAGAGCACGGAGGCGGCGAGGAUCCGGGAGCAGCGCCUCGCCGACUACGCCGCCAAGAAGUCCAAGAAGCCGGCGCUGGUCGCCAAGUCCUCCAUCCUGCUGGAUGUCAAGCCCUGGGACGACGAGACCGACAUGGCCAAGCUGGAGGAGUGCGUGCGCAGCGUGGUCAUGGAGGGCCUGCUGUGGGGGCAGGCCAAGCUGGUGCCAGUGGGCUACGGCAUCAGGAAGCUGCAGAUCGGCUGCGUGGUGGAGGACGAGAAAGUGGGCACGGAUCUGCUGGAGGAAGCCAUCACUGCCUUCGAGGAAUAUGUUCAAUCUGUGGACGUGGCAGCCUUCAAUAAGAUCUGAAUCACAGAGCGGGAUUACCUCAUGUGAGUCCGUGCAGGGGCUCUCCACAGACACUCAGGGGGCGCCACUGACCAGAGACCCCUUAUUCUUUGACACAAGUAUAAAACCUCCGUUGUUUGAAACUUCAAAUAAAAGCGUUGUGUUCGGUU